AUGGAGUCUUCGUCCUCCAGAUUCCGAUUCAGAGACCUUCCCGAAAUGGAGAACUGCACGCAGUCCGAUUCCGCCUCCGACUUGUCCUCCGUGUCCAGCGACCUAGACGACGAGUCUGAUCUUCAAUCCAUGACUGGAAAGGGAAUUAAGCAUCUUUGUUCAGAGCUCCUCGAGCUAAAGGCUGCAUCCAGUGAAGAAUUUCACAAACACAUAUUUUCCAAUUAUUCGGCCUUUGUUAGAAUAUUUGAAGAAGUAGGGCAUGUAGAAAGUGAGCUGAUGCAACUGAAAAACCAUGUAGUGACCCAAAAGAGGCUAGUGAGUGACCUUGUAGAUGGAAUAUAUUUGAAGGUUUUAUCAAAGGAGACUAUAGACUUGGUUAUCGAAGAAUCUGGAUGUGAGGAGCUGCUUCCCAUCAGCAAGUUAGAAGCUCAUGCAAAUGAUGUUUUAGAAACCUUGGACACUCUCUUGUCUGAGAACAGGAUAGAUGAGGCACUGUCCAUCAUAGAAUUGGAGGAUGAGAAUCUUCAAAGGUUGCAGUUCGAAGAGGAUUGUCCGGUGGAUGAGUUGAGAUUGUUUAGCUCUGAAGUUUCUGAGAGGAAGGCCAUGCUUACACUACAGUUGACAAUGGUGGCUGAAAAUCGAAGAAUAGCUGCCCCGGAGCUUCAAAAGGCACUGGUGGGGCUCUGCAGGCUAGGUGACAGUCACCUUGCAACUCAAUUGUUGAUCAAGUACUACCAUUCACGCAUUGCGUCUGGGAUACAUAAGUUUCAGGCUUCAAAAUCAUUCUUGCAUAGGGUAUAUAUCAGGGAACUCUCUAAGUUUGUAUUCUCUAUGAUUUCUCAAGCAGCAAGAAGUUUUGUGAUGUUAUAUGGGGAAACUUCUCCUUAUGCAUUGGAACUUGUCCAGUGGGCCCGUCAAGAAACAAAACUGUUUGGUGCUUGUUUUGAUAAAUAUGUUAAGACCAUCUCAGAAAUAAGUGGUGGAUUGUCCACAGCAGUGGAAGCUGUACAGUUUGCAAUGUCAUUCUGUUCUCUGUUGGAAACUCAGAGAUUAGUGCUGCGGCCAUACUUGAUCAAGCGUAUUCGCCCUUGCAUGGAAGAGGUUCUACAUAAACACCUAGACCACUUUAAGAAAGUAAUUGAUAUCUUUACAGCGACUGAUGCUUGGGUUUUGGGUAGAUAUCUUGUAUCAGGAAUUAUGAAUGAAGGUUGUUCUUCCAUGGUUGUCGGGCAACAGCCAGAAUAUUGCUUGCUCACUAACAGCGGCCGGAAGUUUGUAACACUGCUGCAGUCUAUCACUGUAGAUGUCACCCCAUUAUUUUCCCUUCAAAUUGAAGGAUCAAUCGUUAGUGGACUUAUGAACCUCUUCAAAAAGUAUAUAGACAUCCUUGAAAGAGCCAUCAACUGUGAAACAGCUGUUGCAGAAACAAAUAAUUCGAGACUCUAUUUGGCCAAUUCAGUGCAACAACAGGUUUCUAUCUUAGCCAAUCUGUCAGCACUAGAGCAACUCUUCUCCAGCAUGGUUAGAAGCAUCUUCAAGGGUGUUAGUGAUGUCAACUCGGAAUUAAUGAAAAUCCAUCCAGUUGAGGUUCAAGUGAAGGAACUUGACAGUUGUAUUUCGUUCAUUCAAGAGGCUUCUUGUCGGCUCAGAGCUCUUUUCUGUGAGCAAUUUAUAUUGAAAAUUAUGUCUGUCAAAACUAGCUACAAACUCACUCCUGCAAGUAGCGUUGACGGGCCUGGUGAGUCUUCUAUGUUUCAUGGAGUGAUGCCCUCCCUUGCCUUUCAGGUACUGUUUUUAGAGCUGAGAAAACUGGAAAAACUUUCUGAAGACAAUAUUUUUGAAGUUGAUUGGUUAUUGGAGCUAUUGAGGGAGCUUAUAGAGGCCGUCUUUGUUUGGGUUUCAAAUAAAAAAGAGAACUGGGAUAUCGAUGGGGAGAAUAUGACAGUAGAGCUUCCUCUCAAUUUCAAGCAGUUUGUUUUGGAUGUGCAAUUUCUGGUGGAAAUCUCAAAGUAUGGAGGAUACUUCUCCAAUAACCCUUUGUUUCUACUAAAUCUCAUGAAAUCAGCCUUACUUUCAGCUGGACUAGAUCCAAGAAGAGAUGUCAAUGAUGAUAUAUGGGCUAUAGACUUUGCUGCUGAAACAAUCCAAAAGCUGCUGGAGAGUGAGAAAACACUGUUGCCUCUGGACCAAGAGCCUGUCAGUGAACAAGAAUCAGAGGACCAAUCCAAGUAUGCAGCUGACUCUUUUCCAGAUGAUGCUACUAGUUCUUCCGAGAAGGAUGCAGUAGCCACAGACGAGCCAGAAGUUGCCUCUGAUGCUGAAUCAGAAUCAUUGAAUGCAAAAUCACGUGUGAACCAAUCCAAGAAUUCGGCUGGCUCUUUAGAGGAAAACGUUAGAAGCUCUUUAGAAGAUUAUGUGGAGCCAGAGGAGGAUGCAGUAGCCACACAUGAUCCAAAAGUUGCCUACAAUGCAAAAACAGCAUCAGUGGAUACAGGACCAUGCAUGGACCAAUCGAAGAUUUCAGCUGACUCUUUUCAAGAAGAUGUUGGAAACUCAUUAGAAGAUUAUGUGGAGCCAGAGGUGGAUGCAGCAGCCACAUAUAAUCCAGAAGUUGCCUAUAAUGCUGAAUCAGCCUCACUGAAUGCAGAACCAUGCAUGGACCAGUCCAAGAAUGCAGCUGACUCUUUUCAGGAAGAUGUUAGAAAUUCUUUAGAGGAUGCAGUGGCCACAUAUGAUCCAGAACUGAUGUUGUAA